AUGAACGAUGAAGUGCUUGUUUCUUCGAGGUCGGAGAGUGUUGCCACUCAGAGUGGCGACCAAGGCCUAACGAUUAAUAGAGAGGAUGGAUACAUAUCACCACUUUUGCGUCUUCCAGCGGAACUUCGAAUCAUGAUAUACGAGUACGCAUUUGCCAAUGAGAUUGUACAUGUUCAACCAAAGUCCACCGAUCCAAUUGCCGACCUAUAUACUCCUCGAACCCCAGGAGCUCAGAAAUACCAAAGCGUCAUUUCCCUGCUUAUGACAUGUCGAACCAUCCGCAAGGAAGCCUCAUCCAUCUUCAACGGCCUAGUCACUUUUGAUUUGACUCAUUAUUACAACUGCAUGGCGGCCGCGACGCAACAGAACACCAUCAGCGCCCCCUUGCUCCGCCUGCCCCGCAAGAUACGCAACAAGAUGUACGACUAUGUGCUUGUUGGAGAGACCGUCCGUGUUCAUUAUUCACAUCUGAAGGACGAUAUGCAAGAGCAAAUGCAAGAGCAAGUGCAAGAGCAAGUGCAAGCGCGAGAGAAGGACUGGUACGAAUUUCUCGAUGUCUUCGGGCUCUUCACACCACCUUUGGGUCUGCUGGCGUGCUGGUUGGAGUACAUUGCUGAACAUAACCGAAAGCGUAAAGGUGUCCUUGCCCUUCUCUUCACCUGUAGGCAGACCCACAACGAGUUCAUAGCACUUUUCUACAGCGGUGUUGUAUUCGACCUCACUGCUUUCGAAUUCCGAACUGGCUGGCCGUGUAUCCGACAGAGUUGCUAUCAGUCAGUUCAGUCAGUCCGGAGCUCUCUGGACUGA